CUCAACUCUAACCCUCUGCUCAGGUAAGACACUAAUUCCUGUUACUGUUAAUGCAUGCUCUGCUGUGAAUGAAGUUCAAAACUUGUUUGGGUGGUUGAGUUUUUUUCUGUUUUUGUGUGUUCUUUACAAGCAGGGCUACCUUUUCUGACAACCACACUGACUGCAUUCUCAUUCCUUUAUUAAUUAUACGUAUUAUCAGGAAAAAGACGGUUUCAUUUGGGGUUUUCAUCCAUACAGUUCAGUGGAAAUUAACUCAAUAAGAGAAACAGUCAACUUCUUUAUUGUGUUCUAUUGUGUAUGCCAUGAGCUUGUACUGUUGUUGGAGUUUCAUUGAAAGAUUAAUGUGUGCUUAAUGAAACAUUAGCAUCGUUAGGAGAGACUGGACUCAUAUUUAAUCUUAAUCAAUAGAUCUAAUCGAAAAGUGAUGCGUUGGAAAGCUGGCUCAGCCAUUCAUUGUCUUUAUUGCAUUAUUUAAUGCCUUUGGAGAGCAUAUUGAAAAGACAGGAGAAUAUUUGAUAGAGUUUAUAUCAUCACAUACAUAUGUUAGAUAUGAGAUGAGUACUGAUAUAACCUACCAUGGCAAGAUGUUAGAUACAGUGAGGGAAAAAAGUAUUUAGUCAGCCACCAAUUGUGCAAGUUCUCCCACUUAAAAAGAUGAGAGAGGCCUGUAAUUUUUUUCCAGAAAAUCACAUUGUAGGAUUUUUAAUGAAUUUAUUUGCAAAUUAUGGUGGAAAAUAAGUAUUUGGUCAAUAACAAAAGUUUCUCAAUACUUUGUUAUAUACCCUUUGUUGGCAAUGACACAGGUCAAACGUUUUCUGUAAGUCUUCACAAGGUUUUCACACACUGUUGCUGGUAUUUUGGCCCAUUCCUCCAUGCAGAUCUCCUCUAGAGCAGUGAUGUUUUGGGGCUGUCGCUGGGCAACACGGACUUUCAACUCCCUCCAAAGAUUUUCUAUGGGGUUGAGAUCUGGAGACUGGCUAGGCCACUCCAGGACCUUGAAAUGCUUCUUACGAAGCCACUUCUUCGUUGCCCGGGCGGUGUGUUUGGGAUCAUUGUCAUGCUGAAAGACCCAGCCACGUUUCAUCUUCAAUGCCCUUGCUGAUGGAAGGAGGUUUUCACUCAAAAUCUCACGAUACAUGGCCCCAUUCAUUCUUUCCUUUACACGGAUCAGUCGUCCUGGUCCCUUUGCAUAAAAACAGCCCCAAAGCAUGAUGUUUCCACCCCCAUGCUUCACAGUAGGUAUGGUGUCAUUUAGAUGCAACUCAGCAUUCUUUGUCCUCCAAACACAACGAGUUGAGUUUUUACCAAAAAGUUCUAUUUUGGUUUCAUCUGACCAUAUGACAUUCUCCCAAUCCUCUUCUGGAUCAUCCAAAUGCACUCUAGCAAACUUCAGACGGGCCUGGACAUGUACUGGCUUAAGCAGGGGGACACGUCUGGCACUGCAGGAUUUGAGUCCCUGGCGGCGUAGUGUGUUACUGAUGGUAGGCUUUGUUACUUUGGUCCCAGCUCUCUGCAGGUCAUUCACUAGGUCCCCCCGUGUGGUUCUGGGAUUUUUGCUCACCGUUCUUGUGAUAAUUUUGACCCCACGGGGUGAGAUCUUGCGUGGAGCCCCAGAUCGAGGGAGAUUAUCAGUGGUCUUGUAUGUCUUCCAUUUCCUAAUAAUUGCUCCCACAGUUGAUUUCUUCAAACCAAGCUGCUUACCUAUUGCAGAUUCAGUCUUCCCAGCCUGGUGAAGGUCUACAAUUUUGUUUCUGGUGUCCUUUGACAGCUCUUUGAUCUUGGCCAUAGUGGAGUUGGGAGUGUGACUGUUUGAGGUUGUGGACAGGUGUCUUUUAUACUGAUAACGAGUGGAGGAGUUACAGGUCUGUGAGAGCCAGAAAUCUUGCUUGUUUGUAGGUGACCAAAUACUUAUUUUCCACCAUAAUUUGCAAAUAAAUUCAUUAAAAAUCCUACAAUGUGAUUUUCUAAGAUUUUUAUUUCUCAAUUUGUCUGUCAUAGUUGACGUGUACCUAUGAUGAAAAUUACAGGCCUCUCUCAUCUUUUUAAGUGGGAGAACUUGCACAAUUGGUGGCUGACUAAAUACCUUUUUUCCCCACUGUAUGAGAUGAGUAUCAACGCCAGGGUUGUGGGUUCGUUUCCCACGGGGGGCCAGUAUGAACAUGUAUGCACUCACUAACUGUAAGUCUCUCUGGAUAAGAGCAUCUGCUAAAUGACUAAAAAUAAUAAUAAUAAUAAUAAUAAUAACCUACCAUGGCCAAAUGAGUUGUGUAUUCUGAACAGGAGCUGUUUCUCUAGUUGUGUUGCUUUGUUAGUUUACAGAGGACAUUUAUUAUUAUCAUGGUUUAGUUUCCUAACCCAGGACUUGGGGAACCCUAGUUACACAUAUUUGUUCUAUCCCAACACCAGCACACCUGACUCUGCAGAAUCAAAGGCUUGAUCAUUAACAUAUUAGUUUAAUCAAGGGUGCUGUUGUGGAUACAUUCUACCUUCAAAACAACUCCAACUGGGAAAAAUCAUUUUGAACGGUUAUCCAACUCGAAAUUCCAAGUCGGAAACUCUGGCAUCUUUCUAGAGCUCCGACUUUCCAACCUGAAGAUCACUGACGUAUGAUUUGACCUAGUUUUUUUUGUUGAGUUCCCUACACCUUGAAAGGUAUUUUACAGCUAACCACAACUAUGUUACAGCAAUCUGUCAGUCGAUGACACAGUCAAUGACAUAGCAUGCAACCAUUGGUUGAUGCAUAUAUGCAACGUCUGAGCAGGGCAAUGCGACCUUGAUUUUAGGCUGUGUCUACACAGGCAGCCCAAUUCUGAUCUUUUUUUCAUUCAUUGGUCUUUUGACCAAUCACAUCAGCUCUGAAAAUAUCUGAUGUGAAAAGAUCUGAUUGGUCAAAAGAUCAAUUAGUGGAAAAAUAUCAGACUUGAGCUGCCUUAGAGAUUUUAGAAUCAUUUUAUCUCUGUUUUAUCUUUAUUCCUGGAAUUUAUGAUAAUAAUGUCAGAGACUUGGGUUGAUUGUGUAAUCUGCUCUGCCUUGUUACAAGGGUGAGUAAACUUUAUGAAAUUGACUCCAACCCGACUCAUUACCAAUAUGAUCAUUGUGAUCCAGUGAAGUGUGUAGACUAGGGGUGCACAAUACAGGCCGUCCAGGUUCUCAUCCUGCUGGUUUUCAUUUCUCCCUGGUACUUACCCAAUCACUGAAUGUUAUUGAAUGAUUGUGCAGUGAGUGCAUACACCUUUCAGGUAGAAAAUCAUUCAAAAUCAAAUGAAUCAGUCAACCAGAAUUAGCAGGACUGUGGCCGUCAAGGACCAGAGCUAGACACCCCAGCUGUAAGCCUACCACUAGUAUUGUCAGUAGCCCCACUCAGUCAAAGUAUUCCAUGUUCUGAGUUGUCCUUACAAUGAACAGCACUCAGGGUGUAUGUGGGGUGUGAAACAUGCCCUUCACACCCAGUGAUUAGGAGCUCAGGGGCCAGCUGGUGAUCAAGACUGACAGUGGUAUUGAUCAGCCUACAAAAACCCUGUGUGACACACACACAUACACAUACACACUCAGACAGACACACACACACACAGGGGUACAGAUGUAAAAUCAUUAAAUCAUUACAAAUCUGUUGCCUCAUUGUGGUCCUUAAAGGUUAAUGUAGGCCUAAAGCUGAAUUGAAUUAUUGAAUGUGGUGUAUGUUGAAGUCCCACUGCAUACACUAAUGCCUAGUCAGAAAUGAACCCCUACCCCCCUGGACAAUUUUCAUAGAUCUGAAGGAAUCGGAUUGGGUUUAAGCCACAAAGUAUAGGUCCACCUAGCCCAGAUGGAGUUUCCGCCAUUUUGCUUACACUAAUCCGACCCUUUCAGAUCUGUGAAAAGUGUCUAUGGGAUAGAAGUUAGGGGUUGAUUAUUGACUAUGCAUAAUGUGACAGACUUGAUAUUUUGAGGGAAAUUCCUUGAGCAUGUCCCCAUACACUGCUGUCCCUCUGAAUCUCUCUCUCUCUCUCUUGUGUGGUCAUCCUCAGGGCAGCUAUGGUUUUCCAUUGAGUUUUCCUCAUGUCAGUCACCCAUCGAUCUCCCGGGUUACCAAAUGCACGUGUGGUGCUGUGUGGUUUGGCCAGGUGUUACAUGGCCAGCAGGGUUAUUCCUUUAAAGCUGGAGUCUGCAUUAUUUGAACAGUGACACUGGUCACCCCAGGCACAUUUGUUAUUGUUUAUGUUUUGUUUACGAAAGGAGGAGAGGAGCAUCGAGCAGCUUGGUAAAAAAAACUCCACAAGUUAGUGACCUGAAUGUUAGUGACUAGUACAACACUGCCAGAUGGAAGCUGAGGUGAUAUGUUGUGAUGAUCCUCACCAGGAGAGGGCGGGAUCACCACGUGGAAUACAAAUGAGUUAGCUGUGGAAUACGUUGGGGGUCAACGCAUUCAAAAUGUUGAAAAACAUACAACAGCCAUAUUAGAUGUCUCAAACCCAAUGGGGGAUAUGUUCUACACUACUGCAAUUCAAAAGUUUAUGCCCACUGUCAAAUUGUUCCAUUGUAAUCUACCUGGCUUUAUGUAUACAGGUGCGUCAGGUUAAGAUGAAGGAGUUUAUAUCUGCAUAGUUCAUACAGUAUAUUGGAUCUGAAGGGUCUGUUUCUGUAUGUAUUUCAUCUGUCUGUGUGUUAAAGCAAGACUCAUAUCAAAUGGUUCUGUAAUGAAACAGGGCAGAGUGGAGAGAUAGAGGAUCAAAGUAGGAAGAAGUGUACAGACUUUCAUCCUCUCUCCCCCCCCCUCUCUCUCCCCCCUCUCUCUCUCCCUCUCUUUCUCUCUCUCUCUCCCCCCCUCUCCCUCUCUCUCUCUGUCUCCCCCCCCUCUCUCUCUCUCUCCCUCCCCCUCUCCCUCUCUCUUUCUGUCUCUCCCCCUCUCUCUCUCCCUCUCUCUCAGGAUGGCACAUGAUUGGCAGGGAGGUAGAAGUAGGAGUCACCACCGAUAUGAGGAAGAUGAUGAAGGUGAGUACGGCCACACACACACACACACACACACACACACACACACACACACACACACACACCACACACACACACACACACACACACAGACACACAGCUGUGUAGUGUGUGCAUUGUCCACUGUAUGGAAGGAACAGACAUCUGUAAGUCCAUUAUGUCAAAUAAAGUGUUAAGAAAGAUCAUGUUGUGUCGAUGGUAACCUCUCUUCUCUCUCUCUCUCUUCUCUCUAUCCCUCUAUAUUCUCUCUCUUCUUUCUCUCUCCUCUAUCUCCAUCUAUCGUUCCAUCUCCUCCCUCUCUCACGUCCGUUCUCCUCUCUCUUCUGUCCUCUCCUCCUUCUCUCUCCUCUCGUUCCUUCUUUCUUUCUUCUCUCUCUCCUCUCCUCUCAUCUUUCUCUCUCUCUUUCUCUCUCUCUUCUCUCCUCCUCUCAUCUCCUAUUUCUCUCUCGUCUCUCUCUCUCCUCUCUCUCUCUCUUUCUCUCUCUCUCUUCUCCCUCCUCCUCUUCGCCCUCCUCUGCUCCACGUGACUUCUUCUCACUUUUUCCCUCUCCCACUCCUCUAUUGUCUCAUCUCUCUCUUCUUCUCUCUCUUCUCUCCUCUCUCUCUAUCUCUCUCUCUCUCUCUCAGUCUCUUGGCUUCUCUUGCCUCAGAAAUCUCUGAUCUUCACUCGUUUCUCGGAUUUGCUGCUCUCACUUCAUUCCUCUUUUCGGCCGUCGCAAGUCCGCUGAGGACUCCGCAUCCUGUCUCCGUAACACGCAUGCGCGGAGAAUCUCCUAUCCUGCGCUCUCUCCGCUUCUUGGGCCCUCUCCUCUCUUUCUCCUCUCUUCUCUUCUUUUCUCUCUCUCUCCUCUCUCGCUCUCUCAAUAUCUCUAUCUCUCUCAUCUCUUCUCUCUCUCCCGCUUCUCUCUCUCUCUCUCACUUUGUCUCCUCAAACCCCAGCCAGUGUAUAUUGGUGUCCCGGUAACACACGGUUACAGUAAAAGGAGACGGCGUAAACACCGCUCCCAACGCGAGAAACAUCACACACACCGUGACCAACACACACACCAAGAACACACACACCAUGACCAUCCCCAUGACAACCAGGAACACUACGAAGAUGAGGAGGAGAUGGAACAACAUGACAUAUUUCACCCUGACUCCACAGGUGAGCGCUCACACACACACGCACAUAUGAGAAGCAUAUGACCAGCCACUGUUGUUGCUGUCUUGAGGAACGUUCGCCUGUCAUUGCCAGGCAUGGUUAGAGCAGGCUGCAGGGUGUGUGUGUGCACUCUGUGUGUGAAAGAUGAAGCAGCAUGGUUCCUGUUCCCAUGGGGGCCAGCAUUCUGAAGCAUGGUUCCUGUUCCCAUGGGGGCCAGCAUUCUGAAGCAUGGUUCCUGUUCCCAUGGGGGCCAGCGUUCUGAAGCAUGGUUCCUGUUCCCAUGGGGGCCAGCGUUCUGAAGCAUGGUUCCUGUUCCCAUGGGGACCAGCGUUCUGAAGCAUGGUUCCUAUUCCCAUGGGGGCCUGCGUUCUGAAUCAUGGUUCCUGUUCCCAUGGGGGCCAGCGUUCUGAAGCUGGUAAGCUGAUUAGAGCUGAGGAACUCAAACCCUGGUCCAACCACCAGCGGUCCUGUGUGUGUGUGUGUGUGUGUGUAUAUGUGUGUGUGUGUGUGUGUCUGUUCAGGGAAUCCACUGCCCCAAUUCCACAGGAGAAAUAUGUUAUGUCACUGAGUGUGUUUACUCAGACAAAGAGAAGAAGAACCGGACACAAAAGGUGAAGGAAGGCGUGCACAGCCAAAAGUGGAGUGAAGGAGAAGUAGUUGUUGUGUGUGUGUGUGUCAGGUUGUUAAGGGUACUUCAGGCUGCUCUGGUGGAUGGGUGUGCAGGUGCAUAUGUGUGUGUGUCAGGGGGUGGAGAGUACUUCAGGGUGCUAUGGGGUGUGUUGGCCUCUUAAGCCUCUGGCCCUUCACUGCUCCAGAGAUUUCAGUGGAUUUCUGCUUCAGCUUAGAGCAGACCAGACCGGCUCCACAAGAACACAGCACAACAGUUCCAUUACAGGACGGAACACACCGGUGUUGGGGUCUUACCUGGUAUUGGAGUGCCACCUCUCUGGGCUGGACGGAGAUUGACUGGGAGUACAGGUGCAGACUGAAGGUCUCUGGUUCUGGAUCUGAGAUAUUGUGGUUCCUGUGGUUAAUCAUGCAGGACUCUGGUUCCUCCAUCACCUCCAGCAUGGCCUCUCACUGGACACUACCUAAAACAGGUAACAACAGAAAGAGAAGAUAGGGGGAGGUAAUGAGAACAAGAAGAGAGGAUGGGAGGAGCUAUAGAGAACAGGAAGAGAGGAUGGGAGGAGGGGAGGAGGUGUAGAAAACAGGAAGAGAGGAUGGGAGGAGCUAUAGAGAACAGGAAGAGAGGAUGGAACGAGGGGAGGAGAUAUAGAAAACAGAAAGAGAGGAUGGGACGAGGGGAGGAGUUAUAGAAAACAGAAAGAGAGGAUGGGAGGAGGUAUAGAAAACAGGAAGAGAGGAUGGGAGGAGGUAUAGAAAAUAGGAAGAGAGGAUGUGAGGGAGGAGGUAUAGAAAACAGGAAGAGAGGAUGGGAGGAGUUAUAGUAAACAAAAGAGAUGGGAGGAUUGAAACAGGAAGAUUGAGGGUGAUGUAUAAAAACAGUGAAGAAGAUGGGAGAUGGGAGGAGUUAGAAUACUAGAUAGAGAUUGGAUGGUGGAGUUAGUAUUAAAAAACAGGAAGAAGGAUGAACUGCGAUGGUAGUGAUAGAUAUAAUAAAACAGAAGAGAGGAUAGGGAUGAUGGGAUGUGUAGUUAUAGAAACAGCAGAGAGAUGGAGGAUUGAGGAUUAUAUAACACGUAGAGAUUGGAUUGUGUUAGGUUAUUCAUCAAACUUUGCUUUAGGUUGCCUCAUUGCUGGUGUGAGGUUAUAUCACAUCGACGGUUGUUAGCUUGGGUUAUGUCCCAACAAAUGAGCUUAUGUGGGGGUUGUUAUAACCGACAGCAGACUCUGAUUGGGAUAGUAUGAAACACGAAGAAUGGGGGGUCUAGCUGCGGGUUAUAGAAUCUGAUCAGAAGGAGGGAGUAGGAGUAGGAGGGAUAGAAAACAGGAAGAGAAUGGAGUGGACAGCAUCUUCAUGUUUAUUUUCUUUAUUUUCAUGUUGGUGUCAUUGCUGUGUAGUAAGUAUUGGUUCAUAUUUGGCUGUAUUUCAGGGGUGACUUGUCAGGUAGAUGUUCACCUUUGGAAAUGAAAUGUGUGCAUCACUGUCACGUGGACAUGGCAUUGGAGAUGUCAUAUGAGCCUGGUGUUUCUCAACCUCUGGUCUUUGGACCGGCAGCGGUCUCUGGGAUGUAGCUGACUGAUUGUUCAAUUAGUUCUCGCGUGAUAGUUUGGAUCUAAUGUGAAGACUGUAGCAAAGUGUCUGUUUGCCUCAGUGCUCUCUGAAGGACUAGUAUCCUCUCUUUCUGUGAUUCACUCUGCUUCUUUCUCUGAUUCACUCUGCUUCUUUCUCUGAUUCACUCUGCUUCUUUCUCUGAUUCACUCUGCUUCUUUCUCUGAUUCACUCUGCUUCUUUUUCUGAUUCACUCUGCUUCUUUCUCUGAUUCACUCUGCUUCUUUCUCUGAGUCACUCUGCUUCUUUCUCUCAAUCUCUCUCUGUGAACUAUUAGAUUGCAUUUUUAUUUUUAAAAUGGGCCUCAAGUUCUGUCUGUCCUCAGUAACCUCUUAGAGACAGGGCCUGUCCAUGUGCUGUUCACAUCGACUGACUCUUGGGCAGUGUGCUGCUUAUUUUAGCAACCCAAUACCAUGGGGUUCCAAGCUUGUUUUAUACUGUAGGCGACAAAGAGAUGAACAAAAUCAUAUCAAAUACUUGCUUUGUUUUUGGGUGGGUUUUGUUAAAUCCUGAACCAAAGUGAUGAAUGUCAUCAAGCCUGUGACAUAGCUUUCUGGCUUGCAUCAGGAACAUUGCAUAGAUUACAUACCAACACCUCCGGUUUAUUCAUAGACUGUAUAAAGGGGGUGAGUAGGGUUUAGAUGGAUCAGGGGGGUGCAGGGGGGUAUAUAUUUACCAGCUUUCACUGGGAUUAUGGGACUGACAGGGGGUGAGAGGGUGUUGUUUUGGAUUAGGGGUGGAAGGGAACUCACACAGGAUCAAAGUAAGCUAGGACCACCAGACGAGGAGCGAGAAACACACACGCAGACACACACACACAGCACACAGCACACACACACACACACAGCACACAGCACACACACCCAUGCAGAGCGAGUGGUGUGAUGGCAGUUAUCAGAGCCCUGGGGCUAGGAGCAAGUUAAUGGACUUUGUUCCACCGACAGGAAAUUCUGAGAGAGUCCCAGGCACACUACAGUUUUCCAGUUCUAUUCAGUUACAGUUGCAGGCUAUACAUUUUAUAAAGAGUUCCAAAUAUAUAAACAAAUAAAAAAACACAUUCUUUAAAAUGUCUGAUUUGUAUGAGUAAAUGCCCCAGUUUAGUGCACACUGUCACGACAAUCCAAAGCUGCAUCAACUGUCUGUCGACCGUACAUCAUAGUGGAAUAUCCUUUACAGUACUCACGCACACUGUUAGUAAAAGUGUUUCAUACAUACAGUAGAUACAUAUAUUUUCUAAUUCUAUUUCUAUGGUCUGAUAGUUAUUCUCUUGUGUUUGAACUCCAUUUCCCAGUGUCCCCGGCGGCGGAGAGGCUGCGUUACAUCCUGGGUGAAGAUGAUGACUUGCCGACGCCCACUCUGUUCACAGAGAUGGACACACUUCAACACGAUGGAGACGACAUGGAGUGGAAAGAGUCUGCUAGGUACACACACACAAACACACACUUCAACCCUUGUGUGUUUCCACCCUGGAGUGUGUGCCCUCAUUAGUUUGGGAUUGUUGGGGGGCUUUAGGUGGGAUUUGGGGGAGGUGUGGGUAGGUGACCUGUAGAUAGUUUCAUUAGAAGAGUGUUAGCAGCAGAGCCCUACUGUUGGCUACAUCUGACUCUCCACUAUGACUCUGGGGGUUAGAGGUCAAACCCAGCAUCCCUCAAGGUCACAGGCUGGGAGGCAAUAAACCAGCUGACCAAUCAAUCAAUAUGUUAAACAUUCAAUAAUGCACAUGCAUACACAGCAGAGCCAGAAGGGAAUUAAGCGGUGAAACUAAAACUGCACCCUCUGACUUUGGAAGAAACAGGAAAUUGUCAUAUUUAAGUCCAGCAGACAGUAUCUAUCUCGUAUGCUUCUAAAGCAUUUUCCUGUCUGCUCUCUCUGUCUUACUCUCUUUUCCAUGUGUGUGUCGCUCUCUCUAUCUCUCUGUCUCUCUUCCUCUCGCUCCUUCUCUCUAGGUGGGUGAAGUUUGAGGAGAAGGUGGAGGAGGGAGGAGAGAGGUGGAGCAAGCCCCAUGUGUCCACCCUGACCCUCCACAGUCUGUUUGAGUUAAGGACCUGUAUACAGACUGGCAGUGUACUGCUGGAUCUGGAGGGAUACUCCCUGCCACAGAUAGUGGGUGAGUGUGAGUGUGUGUGACCCUCUGCCAAGUCCCCAACAACCUGAUGUUCUGGUUUUCAGGGGAAAUGGAAAGAGAGCAUGUGACGAGACUUCCAAUUUUGGACAUUAACGACAAUCCAUCCUCCUCCAAAUUUACUGGAUUGGUUGAACAGUGCAGAAGAGAACCUCCCCCGACAGUUUUUUUCUUAUUGUCAAGACCAGUAUGUAGGGGAUCUAGUUUCAGGCAUUUCUUUUACGCCUGCUAGGUUAGGUUAAUGUGACCCAGACCAUGGUCCGUUCCCAAAUCAACCCCUAGUCCCUAAGCCCUGUGCACUUGUGGAGAUCGGAGAACAUUUUAUAGGUGCAAGCAAUAUGGUAAAGCUCCGUCUUGCCCUCUGAUAUGCCAGGUGGAUGUGGAUCAGAGGAGUUAGGUGGGAGGAGCUAUGGGAGGAUGGGCUCAUUGUAAUGGCUGUAAUGGAAUAAAUGGAAUGGAGUCAAACAUGUGGUUUCCAUAUGUUUGAUGUAUUUGAUACCAUUCCAUUUAUUCCAUUCCAGCCAUUACAAUGAGCCUGUCCUCCUAUAGCUACUCCCACCAGCCUCCUCUGAAGUGGAUAGGGGGUAAGGGGCAAGGGGUUGAUUUGGGAUUGAGACCACUGAGUUCACUGUGACCAGUUACAGCUGCAAUCCGUAUGUUCUAUAUCUCUGUUUCUCUAUGUUUGACCCUUGAACUCUCACCCCUGACCCCAGAUGACAUCGUGGAUCGCCAGGUAGCGGAUGGUCUGAUUGGUCCAGAGCUGAGGGAGAAGGUCAGCUUUGUGUUGCUACGGAAACAUCGCCACCAGCACAAGAAACCCAUGCACCGCUCGCUAGCCGACAUGGGCAAAUCAAACAAUUCCCCCGCCAGUGAGUGUGUGUGUGUGUAUCUGUGUGUCUGCGUGUGUACGUGCGUGUGUACACGCGUGCGUGUGCGUGUGCGCGUGCGUGUGCGCGUGCGUGUGUGUGUGUGUGUGUGUGUGUGUGUUGAGUGAUCUUGUUGAUUUCAUCUCUAUCAUGCUGAUUUUACUAAAACAACAAUAAUAAUUUAUCUCCUCUUUUAACAAACUCCUUCACUGUCUCUCCUGUUCACUCCAUCCCUUUCUCUUUUCUCUCUCUCCUAUCUCUCCCUCGCUCGCUCGCGCUCCCUCUCCCUCUCUCUCUCCCUCCCUCCCUCCCUCCCCCGCCUCUUCCCUUCCCUUCCCUUCCCUUCCCUUCCCUUCCCUUCCCUUCCCUUCCCUUCCCUUCCCUUCCCUUCCCUUCCCUUCCCUUCCCUUCCCUUCCCUUCCCUUCCCUUCCCUUCCCUUCCCUUCCCUUCCUCCCUCUGUCUCUCUCUCUCUAGGCCGUAGUCCCCAGUCUGUUCAUAAUGCCAGCCAUACUAACUUCAGUCGUAGUCCUAGUUCAGCCUCUGGCCUCCAUCGCUCUACAGAAGACCUACGCGCCAAGUCAGGCAGCCUUGCCCGCCUGCGUGAGUGUACACACAAACACACACUCAAGAGCACAGACACAUAGACACACACUUGCGCACGUACGUGUGUACGGAUACACUCAAAUGCACAGACACACACACACACUCAACGCACGGAUCCAUUGACACUCACGUAUACAUACAAACUAAUACUCUUUCACCCUCUUUCCUAUCUAUCAUUCUCAUAGAGAUGUGUUUUAAUUUACAUAUCUAACCUCAUAAACUAGUAGAGAUACAGUAUGUUGGAUUACUGUGUGUGAUUGCGUGUAAGCUUUGGUCACACUGUAUUUCCAAGAGCUCCCAGUACACAGUGGGUCAAUUUUGGGAUUGUAAAGAGAACGAGAUUAGUUUGGGGAUAUUUGGUUAUAAUCUAUUCCUCUGUGUGUGUGUGUGUGUGUGUGUGUGUGUGUGUGUGUGUGUGUGUGUGUGUGUGUGUGUGUGUGUGUGUGUGUGUGUGUGUGUGUGUGUGUGUGUGUGUGUGUGUGUGUGUGUGUGUGUGUGCUAACCGAGGUAUGUUCCUGUUCUUUCCCCACAACUUAAUUUGUCCCUAAAUCAUAAAUCAGCUUUGGGGGAAAUGAUCCAUUAGGUCUAAUCGGCCACACAAAGGCACACAUUCACACAUUAGCUAAAGCGAUUUGCCCACAAAGAUGGGUUGCAGAUGUCUACUAUCCCACAUAUAAAAAUACUACAGUUUACUAUCUAAUUCUAUAGUAUUCUGUAGUAAACUGUAGUAUACUGUAGAAUACUCUACUCCACACUGUAGUAUCCUUCAAUUGUGUAGUACAGUAUGAAAAAUGUAUGCACUCACUAACUGUAAGUCGCUCUGGAUAAGAGCGUCUGCUAAAUGACUAAAAUGUAAAUGUACUUACUAUAGAAUUGUGUAGUAUACUGUAGAAUACUAUUCUCCACACUGUAGUAUCCCUCGAUCGUGUAGUGCUUGCUAUAUAAUUGUUUAGUAUACUGUAGAAUACUAUACUCCACACUGUAGUAUCCCUUGAUCGUGUAGUGCUUACUAUAGAAUUUUGGAGUAUAUAGUAGAAUACUAUAUUUCUACAACUUGAUUGGAGUCCAUCUGUGGUAAAUUCAAUUGAUUGGACAUGAUUUGGAAAGGCACCCACCUGUCUAUAUAAGGUCCCACAGUUGACAGUGCAUGUCAGAGCAAAAACCAAGCCAAGAGGUCGAAGAAUUGUCCGUAGAGCUCCGAGACAGGAUUGUGUCGAGGCACAGAUCUGGGGAAGGGUACCAAAACAUUUCUGCAGCAUUGAAGGUCCCCAAGAACGCAGUGGCCUCCAUCAUUCUUAAAUGGAAGAAGAACCACCAAGACUCUUCCUAGAGCUGGCCACCCGGCCAAACUGAGAAAUAGGGGGGGAAGGGCCUUGGUCAGAGAGGUGAGCAAGAACCCGAUGGUCACUCAGAGAGCUUCAGAGUUCCUCUGUGGAGAUGGGAGAACCUUCCAGAAGGACAACCAUCUCUGCAGCACUCCACCAAUCAGGCCUUUAUGGUAGAGUUGCCAGACGGAAGUCACUCCUCAGUAAAAGUCACAUGACAGCCCGCUUGGAGUUUGCCAAAAGGCACCUAAAGGACUCAGACCAUGAGAAACAAGAUUCUCUGGUCUGAUGAAACCAAGAUUGAACUCUUUGGACUGAAUGCCAAGCGUCACAUCUGGAGGAAACCUUGCACCAUCUCUAUGGUGAAGCAUGGUGGUGGCAGCAUCAUGCUGUGGGGAAGUUUUUCAGUGGCAGGGACGGGGAGACUAGUCAGGAUCAAGGGAAAGAUGAACGGAGCAAAGUACAGAGAGAUCCUUGAUGAAAACCUGCUCCAGAGCGCUCAGGACCUCAGACUGGGGCGAAGGUUCACCUUCCAACAGGACAACGACCCUAAGCACACAUCCAAGACAACGCAGGAGUGGCUUCGGGACAAGUCUCUGAAUGUUCUUGUGUGGCCCAGCCAGAGCCUGGACUUGAACCCGAUCUAACAUCUCUGGAGAGACCUGAAAAUAGCUGUGCAGCGAUGCUCCCAUUCAACCUGACAGAGCUUUAGAGGAUCUGCAGAGAAAAAUGGUAGAAACUCCCCAAAUACAGGUGUGCCAAGCUUGUAGCGUCAUACCCAAGAAGACUUGAGGUUGUAAUCGCUGCCGAAGGUGCUUCAACAAAGUACUGAGUAAAGGGUCUGAACACUUAUGUAAAUGUGAUAUUUAAGUUUUUUAUUUUUAAUACAUUUGCAAAAAUGUCAAAAAACCUGUGUUUGCUUUGUCAUUAUGGGGUAUUGUGUGUAGAUUGAUGAGGGAAAAAAAUAUUUAAUCAAUUUUAGAAUAAGGCUGUAACGUAACAAAAUGUGGAAAAAGUGAAAGGGACUGAAUACUUUCAGAAUGCACUGUAUGUACAAAAAUAUUUUGACAUAUUACAAAAUUGUCAGUUUUCAUAUAUUUAUACAUAUACGUUUAUAUAUUUAAAUAUAUGUUGUGGAAAUACAUUUUGACAGUAUGCUGUGGUAGCUAGUAAAAUAUAUUCCAAAAUAUAUUUCAUCAAUAUAUGUUGACAUGUAUUUUAAUGAAUGGAACACUUUGCUUUUUAAUUUACAUACUGUAGCUACAAUUAAAUGCAUUACAUUACAAAUUCAGCACUAAAUCACAAUAGCAUGCUGUGGUAUACUUCGAAAAGUUUGAAUGAAUGACUCAUGACUGACAACUAAAAGAGUGUUUUCAAUAAUCUUAAUUUUUGCUAAAAUAACUGGGUCCAUUGUUGAAUUGUGGCAUGGGAGUCACUGGAAGGUCACAUCUGAAACACAAAAUAUAAUCUAUAAAUUACCUCUUUGCACUUAAUAUCUGUAUUUGAAAAUAAUGUAUUUGAACAUCAAAUUGAUAUUUACAAUGCAGAUUCCUUCACCUCCAGUGUCCAUUUUCAAACUCACAAGCAAUGUCUAAACUGCGUGCGUUGGUGGGCGCGUAGAUCCCCUGGGACAAAUAUCAGCCUGCACCGAGAAGCACGAGAUUAAACUUUUUAGAGUUUUCCCCUUUAGUUAACACUAUUAACAUUACCCUUUACUGUGGGAAUUGUGAUUGAAUCAACGCAAUAUUAGCCACAUUCAAUGCAACAUACCAAAACAAAACGAACUAUGACUUAGUAUGCAAAACUAACUAUGCAAGAUAUUUUGUUGUAGGCAGAACGCAUUGGAGUAGGAUUCUAUUCCAUUGACAGGCACGACUCAGGCCCCUACUCUACACAGACCCGUGCGCCAUAACCAAUCAGAGCUUCAGUAGGCCUCUGUGCAAAUAGACCAUUGCCAUAUAUGGAUCUGUGCCAUUCACUUCGAACUGGACUGUUUUUAGUGAGUAGAUGCGCUUGUUUUGAGAUCAAAGCGAGAGCUACAUGUAGCAACAUGUGCACAUUUGAACAUUUGUUCAUAUCCUUUGCUAGUUAGUGAGUUAUUAGCCCAGUAAUAGAUCAUUUGUAGUCAAUGGGGGAGUGAUUGCUUCCUACAAGAGCACAAAAUGUAUGCAUUUCUAUACAUCUUUGAAAAGCAUGUGGGGUAAAGAUCUAGCUAGCUAGCCAGUUCUAUCGAGACACCCAACCCUCACUAAAGCUAUACACAUUGCUUGGCUAGCCAAGAACAUUUAACAAUAGCUUUGGAAAUUCAAUUAUAUAUAAUACAUACAUAACAUUAACUCUACUGAAUUCUACUCAACUUUAAUUUUCAAAACAUUUCUUUCCUUGGUCAGUCACACCGCACGUUGGUGGCAAGAUAAAGAAGGAGCUACCUAUCUAGCUAGCUAGGUGUUAGCAAGCUCGAUGAAAACUCAUGCUUGCAGUUGAAUAAAUUAUGUUCAUUCUCUGUCACCCACCAUGUUAAAAACAUAUUUUAAUUAAAGGUUAUGAAUAUAUAAUAAAAUAAAACGCCAUUAUCCACAAGAACGCUUUUUGGCAGUGAUGGCUGCUAUUCUCCUUCUUCUAAGAAAAUUCAAAAUUGUAAUGGUUGCUCUGUCAGUUGGAGGCGGGGCUGGGGGUGGAGCUCGGGAACUUUCAAAUUGUGAUUGACAGCUCUGGAAACAUAUUUUCAUAUAUUUUAAAAUAUAUUUACAGAUAUGUUCUACGUUCAAGUGUCUUUUCCAAAUAAACACCACCUUUUUUUGUACUAUGUUUCAUAAGCUGCAGAUAAGCUAUGCUUUAAUAGCUGCAGAAUUUAUACUAUAACUCAAUGAUCCAACUUUUGCAUGCAAAAUGCCACUUUGGGAACCUAUGCUAAGGUACCAGAGGUCAAUAGAAACACAAUAUUAUCAUUGGGGUAGAGAAGGUUGUGAGGCGUGAGUGUGUAUUUUAUUUAUUUAUAUAUUUGAUAAAUACAUUUUUUAUUUGAUUUAAAUACAUUUAAAUAUAUUUAUAUUUUAUUGAAAUAUAUUCAUAUAUAUGAUUUUUCCAUAUGGGACACACUGUAGUAUCCCUCAAUUGUGCAGUACUUACUAUAUCAUUAUGUAGUACACUGUAGUAAACUGUAGUAUAAUGUAGAAAACUAUACAACAUAAUGUAUUGAUAUGCCAAUAUACAUUUGCAUACACCCCGCCCAUUCCCCUCCCCCAUGGCCCAAUUUGUGCCACCCAUGAGACCAUAUGCCAAUUAUAAACCAUAUAUUGUGUUCUCUACAGGUUAUAGAAAAGAGUAAAAGCUCUGAACCUAUCCAUUCAGACCCCAGUCCUACCUACUUACAGGUUAUGGAAAAUGUGCUCUUUAAUAUUUCUGCAUUAGGUUUCCUCAAGGUGAAAGCCCCCACUUCUAUGUAAAAGAUAAUAAAACAAAAACACUUUAGUAAAUACUACAGUAAUGUCCGCAACAACACUACAGUAAAUUGGACUUCAGAGUAUGAAAUGGCUCUUUGAUGUUGUCGGCACAAUGCGUCAAUAAUUAUGGUGGCUGUGCGUUUACUGGUUGGCUCUCCUCUGUGUCUUUCUCACUCAAACAUCCACAUGCACGGCCACACACAGCCCCCUGAGCACUGUCCCCUUCCAUUACAACGGUUGGAUUUUCAAAUCCAAACAAGAGAGGCCUCAACCCCUGAGGAAAAGAAAAAAUAACAUUUGAGAGAACAAAUCAAACCCGUUGUACAAUUUCUGAGCGAAUAUUGCAUACGUUCUCCUUUCCAGACCAGUGGAUCACUGACGCGACAUGUGGGUCACGUCAGCCAGGCUAGUCUGUAUGCAAUAUACUGCAAUAUACUGUCCAUAUGCAAAAACACUACAGUGAAUAAAUACUACAGUAAAGUUAGCAAAAACACUACAGUGAAUACUAUAGUAUAUAAAUAAUAAUACUACAGUAUUUAUACCAUGCUAUAGUUUUUUUCAUGUGGGUAGUGCCUCUUCUACUCAAUGUAAAAAUUAAACACACACUAAACAAACUUUAAACUGUACAUACACAGAGAAGAUUGCUAACUUGAGGUGAAUUUGUGUGGAGUACUAAUUGGUGUGUGUGUGUGUUUUUGAUACACAUGUUUUUUAUAUGAUGUUUCAGAUCAUGCGCAAAGCCGAAGUAUGAACGAUAUUUCAGACACUCCAAGCACAGACCAGGUAACAACGAACAUCACUAUUCUGUGUGUGUACCUAUGCAGCCUUGUGUGUGUGUGUAUGUGAUGGAGAUAGUGUGUGUGUGCGGGGGGGGGGGGGGUGGGUGGGUGGUCUACUUGAAUUAGUUACCGGGAGAUAUAGGAGAGAGAGAGAGAGUAGAGGAGAGAGAGUAGAUAGAGAGAGAGAGAGAGAGAAAGACGGAGAGAGAGAGGAUAGAAGGGGAGGUAAGUGAUCGGAAGCGAAGGGGUAGAAGAGGUAUAGAAGAGAGUCGAAGAGCGAAGAGAGAGAGGGAGAGAGAGAGUGAGAGCUCUCUCCUCUUUCCUCCGAGAGAGAGAUAGAGAGUAUGAAGCGAGAAAUAGGCGAAAUGAGUUGACUCUGAAAGCAGCAUUAAAAGAUUAGGAGGUGAUUUUGGCCUAAGCACCAACCACUCCAGUCCCACGUGCUACUGGGGAGUAGGAGUGAGGCAUGUUUACUGCACUGAGAUUUGAGCUUUCCCUGAUGAAAAAAAACAGCACAGACCAGCAUAGGCUGGUGACCAGCCUUCGCUGUGUUUUUGCUGGUGACCAGCCUUCAUUGUGUUUUCGCUGGUGACCAGCCCUCGUUGUGUUUUCACUGUUGACCAGCCCUCGUUGCGUAUUCGCUGGUGACCAGCCUUCGUUGUGUUUUCGCUGGUGACCAGCCCUUGUUGCGUUUUCGCUGGUGACCAGCCUUCGUUGUGUUUUAGCUGGUGACCAGAUUUUGUUGUGUUUUUGCUUGUGACCAGCCUUCGUUGUGUUUUCUCUGGUGACCAGCUUUCGCUGUGUUUUUGCUGGUGACAGCAUAUGUGUUUUGGACACACGCUGGUCACCCGCAAAACCAGCACCAAGUCACAUUAUGCUGGAGUGCAAAGUGAUGUCUAAUUCCUAUUGGAAUCCAGUCUGACUGGGAAAAUCCAAAAAUGUUAACUUUUAUUCACCCACAAUCUGCAUUCAAAAAGAUGAUGAGACUACCUAAACCAUCUAAACUGGAACAACCAUUUCAGUAAUGGGUGCAAUAAAUCCAACUAACAGAUUGUAUUACUUUAGAAAAAUGUAUGCUAUUUAUCUUUGUGUAGCAUGAAAGUUGAAAUACAAUGCAUUCGGAAUGUAUUCAAACCCUUUGACUUUUCCCAGAUUUUGUUACAUUUACAUUUACAUUUACAUUUGACAUUUAGCAGACGCUCUUAUCCAGAGCGACUUACAGGAGCAAUUAGGGUUAAGUGCCUUGCUCAAGGGCACAUCGGCAGAUUUUUACGUUACAGCCUUAUUCUAUAAUUGAUUAAAUAGUUUUUUCCUCCCCAUAAUGACAAAGCAAAAACUGUUAAAAAUAAUAAUACAAAAUAUAACUGAAAUAUCACAUUUACAAAGUAUUCAGACCCUUUACUCAGUAAUUUAUUGAAGCACCUUUGGCAGCGAUUACAGCCUCAAAUCUUGGCACACCUGUAUUUGGGGAGUUUUUCCCAUUCUUCUUUGCAGAUUCUCUCAAGCUCUGUCAGGUUGGAUGGGGAGCGUUCCUGCACAGCUAUUUUCAGGUCUCUCCAGAGAUGUUUGAUCGGGUUCAAGUCCGGGCUCUGGCUGGGCCACUCAAGGACAUUCAGAGACUUGUCCCGAAGCCACUCCUGUAUUGUCUUGGCUGUGUGCUUAGGGUCGUUGUCCUGUUGGAAGGUGAACCUUUGCCCCAGUCUCCAAGCGGGUUGUCAUGUGCCUUUUACUGAGGAGCGUCUUCCGUCUGGCUACUCUACCAUAAAGGCCUGAUUGGUGGAGUGCUACAGAGAUGGUUGUCCUUCUGGAAGGUUUUUAUUUUAUUUUAAAUUUGCUAAAACUUCUUAAAACCUGUUUUUGCUUUGUCAUUAUGGGGUAUUGUGUGUAGAUUGAUGAGGAAUUAACCUAUGUAAUCCAUUUUAGAAUAAGGCUGUAACGUAACAAAAUGUGGAAAAGUCAAGGGGUCUGAAUACUUAUGCUGCUGCAUAAAUUAGCUCAUGUGCUUUUCUUCACGAGGAGGGGAUACUAUAUAAUGUUGUUGGGUCUUUAACCAUGUUUGCCACUGACAGUCUCUUCCCAUUCAAAUAUUUGUUUUCAACAAAAAGUCCACUAAUUUGAAGGGGUGUACACAUACAGUACCAGUCAAAGGUUUGGACACACCUACUCAUUCCAGGGUUUUUCUUUAUUUGUACUAUUUUCUACAUUGUAGAAUAAUUGUGAAGACAUCAAAACUAUGAAAUAACACAUAUGGAAUCAUGUAGUAACCAAAAAAGUGUUAAACAAAUCAAAAUAUGUUUUAUUUUGAGAUUCUUCAAAGUAGCCACCCUUUGCCUUGAUGACAGCUUUGCACACUCUUGGCAUUCUCUCAACCAGCUUCAUGAGGUAGUCACCUGGAAUGCAUUUCAAUUAACAGGUGUGCCUUGUUAAAAGAUCAUUUGUGGAAUUUCUUUCCUUCUUAAUGCGUUUGAGCCAAUCAGUUGUGUUGUGACAAGGUAGGGUUCGUAUACAGAAGAUAGCCCAAUUUAGUAAAAGACCAAGUCCAUAUUAUGGCAAGAACUGCUCAAAUAAGCAAAAGAAAUGACAGUCCAUCAUUACUUUAAGACAUGAAGGUCAGUCAAUCCGGAAAAUUUCAAGAACUUCUAGUUUCUUCAAGUGCAGUCGCAAAAAUCAUCCAGCGCUAUGAUGAAACUGGCUCUCAUGAGGACCGCCACAGGAAUGGAAGACCCAGAGUUACCUCUGCUGCAGAGGAUAAGUUCAUUAGAGUUACCAGCUUCAGAAAUUGCAGCCCAAAUAAAUGCUUCCCAGAGUUCAAGUAACAGACACAUCUCAACAUCAACUGUUCAGAGGAGACUGAGUGAAUCAGGCCUUCAUUGGUCGGAUUUCUGCAAAGAAACCACUACUAAAGUACACCAAUAAGAAGAAGAGACUUGCUUAGGCCAAGAAACACGACCAAUGGACAUUAGACCAGCGGAAAUCUGUCCUUUGGUCUGAUGAGUCCAAAUGUGAGAUUUUUGGUUCCAACCGCCGUGUCUUUGUGAGACACAGAGUAGGUGAACGGAUGAUCUCUGCAUGUGUGGUUCCCACUGUGAAACAUAGAGGAGGAGGUGUGAUGUUGUGGGGGUGCUUUGCUGUGGGGGUGCUCAGUGAUUUAUUUAGAAUUCAAGGCACACUUAACCAGCAUGGCUACCACAACAUUCUGCAGCAAUACGCCAUCCCAUCUGGUUUGCGCUUAGCGGGACUAUCAUCUGUUUUUCAACAGGACAAUGACCCAACACACUUCCAGGCUGUGUAAGGGCUAUUUGACCAAGAAGGAGAGUGAUGGAGUGCUGCAUCAGAUGACCUGGCCUCCACAAUCCCCCGACCUCAACCCAAUUGAGAUGGUUUGGGAUGAGUUGGACCACAAGUGGGAGAGAAAAGCAGCCAACAAUGCUCAGCAUCACAGUUGGGCAAAAAGUUUAACACUUUUUUGGUUACCACAUAUGUGUUAUUAUUUCAUAGUAGUACAAUGUAGAAAAUAGUAAAAAUAAAGAAAAACCCUUGAAUGAGUAGGUGUGUCCAAACUUUUGACUGGUAUUGUAUGUGACUCAAAUACCAUCAGGAUAGACUGAAGGUCAUGCUGUUGAAUGACAAAGACCUAUCCAAUUGUUUACUAGAUUGAUACAAAAGCAUUGCCCGCCAGUAUAUCACGUGUUCCUUGCAUACAAGCAGUGCACAACACUGUUUUGUCUGAGGGGCCCAUCCUCCAGACCCCAACCCCCACCAAAAACUAAAACUAAAACAAUUAAUGUUUUACUUUUUGGGUAUACAUUAUUUUUGCCAUGGGGCAGAGAGAAAAAAAUGCUGUUUAAAAAUGUUGUUUCAUGAUAUUCUACACAUUUUGCCAUUUUGCUGUUUUAAAGCAAUUUCCUGUAAUAAAUGGCUUAUGAUGUGAUAACUGGUCCAGGAUUGAGACCAGGAAAACAGAUCAUACAGUGGGGAAAAAAAGUAUUUAGUCAGCCACCAAUUGUGCAAGUUCUCCCACUUAAAAAGAUGAGAGAGGCCUGUAAUUUUCAUCAUAGGUACACGUCAACUAUGACAGACAAAUUGAGAAAAAAUAAUCCAGAAAAUCACAUUGUAGGAUUUUUUAUGAAUUUAUUUGCAAAUUAUGGUGGAAAAUAAGUAUUUGGUCAAUAACAAAAGUUUCUCAAUACUUUCUUAUAUACCCUUUGUUGGCAAUGACACAGGUCAAACAUUUUCUGUCUUCACAAGGUUUUCACACACUGUUGCUGGUAUUUUGGCCCAUUCCUCCAUGCAAAUCUCCACUAGAGCAGUGAUGUUUUGGGGCUGUCGCUGGGCAACACAGACUUUCAACUCCCUCCAAAGAUUUUCUAUGGGGUUGAGAUCUGGAGACUGGCUAGGCCACUCCAGGACCUUGAAAUGCUUCUUACGAAGCCACUCCUUCGUUGCCCGGGUGGUGUGUUUGCGAUCAUUGUCAUGCUGAAAGACCCAGCCACGUUUCAUCUUCAAUGCCCUUGCUGAUGGAAGGAGGUUUUCACUCAAAAUCUCACGAUACAUGGCCACAUUCAUUCUUUCCUUUACACGGAUCAGUCAUCCUGGUCCCUUUGCAGAAAAACAGCCCCAAAGCAUGAUGUUUCCACCCCCAUGCUUCACAGUAGGUAUGGUGUUCUUUGGAUGCAACUCAGCAUUCUUUGUCCUCCAAACACGACAAGUUGAGUUUUUACCAAAAAGUUAUAUUUUGGUUUCAUCUGACCAUAUGACAUUCUCCCAAUCCUCUUCUGGAUCAUCCAAAUGCACUCUAGCAAACUUCAGACGGGCCUGGACAUGUACUGGCUUAAGCAGGGGGACACGUCUGGCACUGCAGGAUUUGAGUCCCUGGUGGCGUAGUGUGUUACUGAUGGUAGGCUUUGUUACUUUGGUCCCAGCUCUCUGCAUGUCAUUCACUAGGUCCCCCUGUGUGGUUCUGGGAUUUUUGCUCACCGUUCUUGUGAUCAUUUUGACCCCACGGGGUGAGAUCUUGCGUGGAGCCCCAGAUCGAGGGAGAUUAUCAGUGGUCUUGUAUGUCUUCCAUUUCCUAAUAAUUGCUCCCACAGUUGAUUUCUUCAAACCAAGCUGCUUACCUAUUGCAGAUUCAGUCUUCCCAGCCUGGUGCAGGUCUACAAUUUUGUUUCUGGUGUCCUUUGACAGCUCUUUGGUCUUGGCCAUAGUGGAGUUGGAAGUAUGACUGUUUGAGGUUGUGGACAGGUGUCUUUUAUACUAAUAACAAGUUCAAACAGGUGCCAUUAAUACAGGUAACGAGUGGAGGACAGAGGAGCCUCUUAAAGAAGAAGUUACAGGUCUGUGAGAGCCAAAAAUCCUACAAUGUGAUUUUCUGGAUUAUUUUUUCUCAAUUUGUCUGUCAUAGUUGACGUGUACCUAUGAUGAAAAUUACAGGCCUCUCUCAUCUUUUUAAGUGGGAGAACAUGCACAAUUGGUGGCUGACUAAAUACUUUUUUUCCCCACUGUAUGUUUCCUGUAAAACAGGAAAAAUUAUGAGACAAGAGAAAGUUGACUAGUUUGAGGAAAAGUUAUUUCAAUAGAAUUUAAUAAACAUAUUUUUUGCCAAAAGUGUCAAAGGUCAAUUAUCUGGUUCAGUGCAAUUGUUUUGUAGAAAAAUAUAAAUUCACAGUUCUCAUUACCAAUAGAAAAUAUCUACAUAGAAAAAUAUACAUUCACAUACUUUCAUAUCCUAUGUUCAAUCUCUUUAACAAACUAUGCUGGUUUGCCAGCAGAACCAGCUUGACCAGCAUCCGACCAGCACGGACUAGCAGGGACCAGCAUGUACCAGCUUGAAAUAGAUGCUAGUCUAUGCUGGUUUUUUCAGCAGAUUGUGUGAUUUUGUAUGAGUGAAGUAUGCAGAGGUAUUGAGUGGCCAAUGGAGAGUGUGUGUGUGGGUAUGUGUGUGUGUGUGUGUGUGUGUGUGUGUGUGUGUGUGUGUAGCAAUAAUGAGCUACAGUACUAUUGGAGUGUGGUUAUGUGUAUCUUGUCCUAGGCAUCACAUGCAGUGAGUGAUCAGCUAUCGAUUAGAUAUUGACACUGACAUAAUGAUGACAUGACUUCAGCUGCUCUGCUGUGUGACAGAUUACAGUAAAGAAAUGCCUUUACAUUCUAAAUGCUGCUUUAUUCUUGCGCUAUAAUAGUGUAGUCCCCUGUAGCUAAAUUAGUAGAGCAUGGCGCUUGCAACGCCAGGGUUGUGGGUUCGUUUCCCACGGGGGGCCAGUAUGAAAAUGUAUGCACUCACUAACUGUAAGUCGCUCUGGAUAAGAGCAUCUGCUAAAUGACUAAAAUGUAAUUUUGGCUACAAUAGCCUUCAUUAGGUGUAAUGACAAUGGCAAGAUGCCUUGUAGUUAUUCUGAAUCCUGCUCUUGAUCUCUAAAUAUAUAGUUAUUGUUCCUCUGCCACCUGCCACCUCUUUCUCUCCAUUCUCUCUCUCUUUCUCUACCACCCUGCUUUCUCUCCACUCUAGUUGAAGAACAAGUUCAUGAAGAAGAUUCCUCGUGAUGCCGAGGCGUCUAAUGUUCUGAUUGGAGAAGUGGACUUCCUGGACAAACCAUUUGUAGCGUUCGUACGUCUGGCCCAAGCUACCACACUGGGAGGCCUGACCGAGGUCCCCGUACCUACCAGGUGUGUGUGCAUGCGUGUGCGUGUGCGCGUGCGUGUGUGCAUGUGGUGUACGUGUGCGCGUGCGUGUGUGCAUGCGUGUGCUGCUGCUCUACAGGUGUGUUAACCCCUUGUCUCCUGGCAGGUUUCUGUUUGUCUUGCUGGGUCCUCAUGGCAAAGGCAAGUCCUACAACGAGAUUGGUCGAGCCAUCGCUACACUCAUGGUGGAUGACGUAAGAAUGACCUAAUCUUUUUGUGUGCUUAAAUGUUCAUUAAGCUGAGACAUAUAUUAGUGUUUUGAUUGAUGGGUUUUUUCAUAACCUCAAGAUAUUCAUUGGAUACAUUACCUCACACACUCAAUCAGUAUGUUACAGCCAGGGCUCUGCAGUUCAACUCUGACCUCUUCAUUAACACACACACACACACACACACACUCAUAACAUCAUAUGCUGUGUGUAACUGUGUGCUGUGCUGUCCUGUCAGUUGUUUAGUGAUGUGGCGUAUAAAGCCCGGGACCGUGACGACCUGAUCGCUGGGAUUGAUGAGUUUCUGGAUGAGGUCAUCGUUCUGCCACCAGGGGAGUGGGACCCCAAAAUACGCAUCGAGCCCCCCAAGAAAGUCCCCUCUGCUGACAUGAGGUACAGAGGAUGAACCACAUAUCAGAUCUAUUCAGUUGUUCAGUGUAGUUAGUUAGUAAGUUAGGGAGUUAGUUAGGCAGUUAGUCAGUCAGAAGAGGAGUGGAGUGAUUGUGUUUGGACUGGGUCAGGGACCCCUUCCCCCUACCCCUCCCACCACAACUAACACUUGCUACCCCUCCACCUCCUCCCUCCACCCCCCAACAGGAAGUCUGUGCUGAACCUGAAUGAGCUAGGCCAGGUGAACGGGUAAGGCCGGGGGGGCAGGAGGAGGAGAGGACGAGGAGAUGCCCGCCCCCCACGAGCUGGGAGAGGAACUGCAAUUCACUGGCAGGUAUGGGAGCACUGGGGCUUUGUGGUGCAUUACUCCUCAUUUUGGGGAAUUUGAUUCAGUUCAAUGUAAAGGUAGAGUCAGCGAUAUGAUGUAGAUCAGUGCCACCUCUGCCUAUAUGCAGACUACGUGCUGCGCGUAGUGCCCCCGACUAAAACAUUUAUACAUUUAGGAAGUCAGUCGGGGCAAAGUUGAUCUAUUAUAUUGACAAGAUGGUCGACUGACCGCUCUAACAAUGGAAAUACAUGUCCUCAAAGAUGGAAGGCAGACGAGAGGAGAUGAGAUCAGGUGGGGCCAUUCUAGCCAAUGAGAGGGCAGAUGCUUGUGUGAACAACAGGCACAACUCCGAUAUAAAGUAUUUAUUCCACUUAUAUUAGUAUAUUCGUAACAACAGCAGCGGUGUCAUUUUGCUGACUCCUUUAAUACAACUUAUUUAUCCUUCAUUAGGCUAUCCCUCCCGGGGACUCCAGCCCUGACUCCAGCCUGCUUUCAGGCUGCUUUCAGAGUCAAUGAGAGUGGAUGGAGUCACCUCUGUGUGCGUUCCCCAGGUUCUGUGGAGGUCUGUGGCUGGACAUUAAGAGGAAGGUUCCGUGGAUCCUUAGUGAUUUCUCCCAGGGAUUCCACAUCCAGUCCAUCUCUGCUGUGCUGUUCAUCUACUUGGGCUGCAUCACCAAUGCCAUCACCUUCGGAGGCCUGCUGGGGGAUGCCACAGACAACUACCAGGUACACGAACACACACAUACACACACACACACCUGUCUUAACUCCUACGGAAAUCUGGCCAACGCAAAACUAGUUAGAUCGCGCCACACGAAAACGGACAACAAAAAACUAGGCUGGUAGCGUAGCGGUUUCUGAGAGAGAGGUGAGGAAGGUGGAGAAGAGUUUCCUAGGUAUACAGCUGUGCAGGAACAGACUUCUUCUUUUAAGGGGCCCCUUCCCCCACCCCCCGCCACACCCAUUCCCAUCUUUGGGGCUACAGUUCUGCAUGAUAUUAGUGCGAAAACACCACACGACAACACCAACCACCCACAAAUUGUCUGGGUUCUGCCCCUUUAUGCAUUUUAGUUCCUUUUUUACAUGUUUGUAUUUUGUGUUUUUAUUCUUGUGUUCCGGUCUUCAAACCUUAGUUUAUUAUGGGAUCCCCCUUGGGGAAAUCUCCAUCUGUUUGAGGUCGAUCAUAGUGAGGAGCCAGUUAAAUCAAAAUUACCGGUUUCAGAGGAGGGUUCUCCCCCCUCAUCUCCCAUUUCACUUGACCCCAUUUGUUAUUUGGGUGGAAAAACACCGAGUCUCCCGACCAACAACACACAACACCCCACACAACACACACACACCACAAACGCACAAACGGUUCUAACUAUUCCUUUGUUCAAAGGGGAUCUUAAGUUACCUUCAACUGGUAAACCCUCCUUUAAUUAAGUGUAAUGUUGCAGACCGGGGGAACUGUUCUUGGGAAUUCGGCGAGAUCCCUUGCAAAAACCAGCCAGGCGGGCCCGCGGGAGAAAGAACGAGGAAAAUGGAAUUUAGAAAAGGGAAAAAAGAAAGACAAGAAACAAACACAGCGGUUGAGGGAAGGGUUAACAAAAAUAAGUUAGAAAUCAGAGAUAAGAAAAGGAAAAGGUGGGUUUAAAACACACAGGGAAAAGUGCAAGCACGGCAGCAAAUCAGAGGAAGAGGAAAGGGGAAACAACAAGACAGGUUAAUUGAAUUCGGGGGGGACCCAAAGGGACAACCAUACACCGAUCCACCACAUCAAGCUUUUUACCCCCCAGAGUCGCUUCCUAUUCUUUACGCAGGCAAAUCCCGGCCAACCACCUCCCCUUCCUCUCUCCCCGCCCCCGGGGAAUUUUGGGAGCUUGGGGGGCUUUACUGACCACAACAGAAGGAACAUGCCACGAAGAAAGUUAGGGGGGGCACACCUGACAGUUCCAAAGAGCCCAUCUAAAUUUGGGAAAGGAGAGAAAGAAAAGGGGGAUGAAGAGCGGAAGGAAAAGAAGGGAAGGAGGGGGGGGACGGGGAGAAGGUAGAGAAAGAGGGGGGAAGGAGAAAGCAAAGGACGGGGAGGAGUAGAAAAGGGGAAGAGAAGAUAUUGAGGCGGAGUAGGGGGAACCGAAGAGCAAAGUAGAAUUGGAGGAAGUUGAAUAUCGGUUUUCCUACGACUGUAAAAAGUGGUAUGGAUGUUUGAAGUUUGUAGUUGGGACUUAUAUGAAGAGAUAGGUAAUUGGUUUACAUCAGGAUAAAAUGUAUUUUGUUCUACCUUUUAUAUAUAUUUUAAUCUAUCAGGUUCGUUUCCUAUGGGGGGAUUUCUAUUCUUAAUCGAAAAGUAGUUUUUACUUCUCUCUCUUAGCUUUCUCUCUCUCUUUCUUUUGCCUCUGUUUUUUUCGUCUCUUCUUCUGUUUUCUGCGCUCUGUCUCUUUCUCUCUGUCUCUCUCUCUCUGUUUCUGCCUCUCUGUCUCUUUCUCUCUGUCUCUCUCUCUCUCUGUUUCUGCCGCUCUGUCUCUCUCUCUCUGGCUGCUAUCUGAGUAAGUAUACCUCUACUGCUACAGCAUGCUACAAACCUGACAUGUUACCAUAAAACUGGCAUCAUGUAAUCUUGCUGGGGCAACUGACAUCUCUCUAUUCCUCUCUCUCUUUCUCUAACAGCCGCUGCGAUGGGUUUGAAUGUUUCAGUUCCACUAGCGGACGAUAACAUGACUGAUUUGGUAAGUGGCUUGGGAACUAACGGUCUAUGGGGACAGUCUACAUGUGGUCCAAAUAGACUUAACAUAGUAGGAUUUACCAUAGUCACAGGACACAGGCAGGUCUCUACACCAGCAGCCCUGUGCUGCCUGUCUACUUCCAUGUCCGCACUACUCUGUAUUCUCUCUUCCCUUGUUAUUCUCUCUCUUCUACUCUCUCUCUCUCUCUCUCUCUCUCUCUCUCUUCUCUCCAUACUCCCUCCCUCUGUCUCUGUAGUAUAACAUAACAGGUCUGGACUGGAGUCAGCUGAGUAAGAAGGAGUGUGUGAAGUAUGGCGGCGCCCUGUUGGGGAACACCUGUAAGUACGUCCCUGACCUGGCCCUCAUGUCCUUCAUCCUGUUCUUCGGGACCUACUCCAUGACCGUCUCCCUCAAGAAGUUCAAGACCAGCCGCUACUUCCCCACCAAGGUGAGACACGGAGGUACAUAGAACAUGAGACAUGAGAUGCAGCAGACAGAGGACACAGGGGGACAUAGGGGACAGAGGAUACAGGGGGACAUAGGGGACAGAGGACACAGGGUGACAUAGGGGACAGAGGACACAGGGGGACAUAGGGAACAGAGGACACAGGGUGACAUAGGGGACAGAGGACACAGGGGGACAUAGGGGACAGAGGACACAGGGAGACAUAGGGAACAGAGGACACAGGGUGACAUAGGGGACAGAGGACUCAGGGGGACAUAGGGGACAGAGGACACAGGGGGACAUAGGGGACAGAGGACACAGGGGGACAUAGGGAACAGAGGACACAGGGGGACAUAGGGAACAGAGGACACAGGGUGACAUAGGGGACAGAGGGACACAGGGGGACAUAGGGAACAGAGGACACAGGGGUGACAUAGGGGACAGAGGACACAGGGGGACAUAGGGGACAGAGGACACAGGGGGACAGAGGACACAGGGGGACAUAGGGAACAGAGGACACAGGGGGACAUAGGGGACAGAGGACACAGGGGGACAUAGGGGACAGAGGACACAGGGGGACAUAGGGGACAUAGGGGACAGAGGACACAGGCAGACAGAGGACACAGGGGGACAUAGGGGACAGAGGACACAGGGGGACAUACGGGACAGAGGACACAGGGGGACAUAGGGGACAGAGGACACAGGGGGACAUAGGGAACAGAGGACACAGGGGACAUAGGGGACAGAGGACACAGGGGGACAUAGGGAACAGAGAACACAGGGGGACAUAGGGGACAGAGGACACAGGGGGACAUAGGAGACAUAGGACACAGGGGGACAUAGGGGACAGAGGACACAGGGGGACAUACGGGACAGAGGACACAGGGGGACAUAGGGGACAGAGGACACAGGGGACAGAGGACACAGGGGACAUGGGGACAGAGGACAGAGGACACAGGGAACACGGGGACAUAGGGGACAGAGGACACAGGGGGACCUUUAUGUUAUUUGGGUAAUGAGAAGGUAGUUUAAACUUAACCUCUUCCCUUUUCUUGGCUGCCAACUCCCACCCACUCUCGACCUCUCCCCUCCUCCCCCCACCCUGUCCCUUCCUCUCCAUGCCCCUCUUCCUGUCUGUGCUCCAGUACCGCUCCCUGAUUGGUGAUUUCUCGAUCAUCAUCUCCAUCCUGGUAUUCUGUGGGAUAGACUACCUGUUAGGGCUGGAGACGCCCAAACUGCACGUGCCCACUGAAAUCAAGGUCCUCUCGUCCCCUCAUCCCUCACUCCAUCUCUCCCUCUCUCUCUUUUUUCCUCUUUCUCUCCCUAUCUAUCUCUUCCUUCUUCCUGAAAUGAUUAGGAAUAAAACUUCAGUUUUCAAGUGAUUUUGAGACAUUAACAUACUGACACUUUCUUCUCUCUUUUAUUUCAUCCCUCUCUCCUGUUUGUGUAUUUGUUUUGUACCUCUCUGUCUUUUUCUCUCCAUCUCUACCACCCCUCUGUCUGUCUGUCUGUCUGUUUCUUUGUUUGUUUCUUGUUUGUCUGUCUGUGUAUAUGGGUGGGCCUAGCUGAGGAAGCUGAUCAGUGAUUUCUCCAUCUUCAUGUCAAUCAUGACAUUUGUGGGUCUGGAUAUGCUUGUAGGGCUGGACACACCCAAACUAAUCGUACCCACAGAGUUUAAGGUAUUUCUAACCAUUAACCCAAUGUGUGUGUGUGUGUGUGUGAUUGACAGAUGCAUGCAUUCUGUAAUUCAAUGUGUGUUUGAUUGGAGAUGUAUGUGUAUGAGUUGCAUCUGUCUUUUUGUCGGAUUUAGUGACGCAUGUAGUUUUGAUUUGACUGUGUAAACUGCAUGAUAGAUGUGCUUGUGUGUGUGUUUAGCACCAUACAGGGCUCACUUAAAAAAGAGAACUGGGUCUCAAUGUGACUCAAAUCAAAUCACAUAUUAUUUGUCACAUGCUUCAUAAACCACAGGUGUAGACUAACAGUGAAAUGCUUACUUACAGGUCCUUUUCCAACAAUGCAGAGUUAAAGAUAAAAAAUUAAAAAUUAAAAAUAAUAAUAGUGACACGAGGAAUACAUAGUGAAUAGCGAAUAACAAUAAUAAGUAAUAAAUAACAUGACUAUACAGGGAGUACCAGUAACGAGCCGAUGUGCAGGGGUACGAGGUAAUUGAGGUACUGUAUACAGCUGUAGGUAGGGGUAAAGUGACUAGGCAACAGGAUAGAUAAUAGACUGAGCUGUAGCAGCAGCGUAUGUGGUGUGUGUGUGAGUGUGUGGCGUCAGUAUGCAUGUGUGCGCAUGUUAUGUGUGUGUGGGCAUAUGUAGUGUGUGUGUGUGAGUGUGUGUGUGUAAGUAUGUGUGAAUGUGUGGGUAGAGUCCAGUGUUUGUGCAUUGAGUCAGUGCAAGAGAGUUAGUAAAAAAAAAGAGGUCAAUGUAGGUAGUCCGUGUUGCCAUUUGAUUAGCUAUUUAGUAGCCUUGUUUAGCAGUCUUAUGGCUUGGAGGUAGAAGCUGUUCAGGGUCCAGUUGGUUCCAGACUUGGUGCACUGGUACCGCUUGCCGUGCGGUAGUAGAGAGAACAGUCUAUGGCUUGGGUGGCUGGAGUCUUUGAAAAUGUUUUGGGCCUUCAUCUGACACCACCUAAUGUAGAGGUUUUGGAUGGCAGGGAGAUCGGCCCUAGUGAUGCAGCUGUAGAACUUUUUGAGGAUCUGGGGGCCCAUGACAAAUCUUUUCAGCUUCCUGAGGGGGAAGAGGCGCUGUCGUGCCCUCUUCACAACUGUGUGGGUGUGUGUGGCCCAUUUUAAUUCCUUAGUGAUGUGGACACCGAGGAACUUGAUGCUCUCGACCGGCUCUACUACAGCCCCAUCAAUGUGAAUGGGGGCGUACUCCACCCUCCAUUUCCUGUAGUCCACGAUCAGCUCCUUUGUCAUGCUGACGUUGAGGAAGAGGUUGUUGUCCUGGGACCACACUGCCAGGUCUCUGACCUCCUCUAUAUAGGCUGCCUCAUUGUCAUCGGUGAUCAGUCCUACCACCGUCGUGUUGUCAACAAACUUGAUGACGGUACUGAAGUCAUGCACAGCCACAUAGUCGUGGGUGAACAGGGAGUACAGGAGGGGACAAAGCACACACCCCUGAGGGUCCCCCGUGUUGGUGGUCAGCAUGGUGGAUGUUUUGGGGGAUGGCCCGUCAGGAAGUCCAGGAUCCAGUUGCAGAGGGCGUUGUUCAGUCCCAGGGUCCUGAGCUUAGUGAUGAGCUUGGAGGGUGUAUAAAGGUUAAAUAAAUACAUAUGUGUACCACCGUGUGUGUGUGUGGUCGUGUGUGUGUGUGUGUGUGGGGUGUGUGUUUGUGUGUGUGUGUGUGUUGUAGCCGACGCGUCCGGACCGUGGCUGGUUGGUGAUGCCGUUUGGUAAGAACCCAUGGUGGGUAUAUGUGGCCAGCGCCGUCCCUGCUCUUCUGGUCACCAUCCUCAUCUUCAUGGACCAACAGAUCAGCGCUGUCAUCGUCAACCGCAAAGAGAACAAACUCAAGGUACAGUAUGACUGCAAUUAGAACACAACAGAACACAACUGCAAGCAUAAACAUACUUACUUACUUAGGCCUGUCACUCCCCAGGGAGCUUAUGCCAUCGACGACUCCUCUCCAUAGCACUCUAUUAAUGGGGGUCAUUAACAUAAUCGCAAUAAAACACAUCCAUUCAACAACCAUUCAAUAACCAUAAACACAACAGCAACACAGAAAACAAACUGAACGUUAUCUCUCCCAUUCUCACCUUUUCUCUCCUCCUCCAACAGAAAGGUUGUGGGUACCAUCUCGACCUGUUCUGGGUGGGGAUUCUGAUGGCAGUGUGUUCCUUCCUGGGCCUGCCCUGGUACGUGGCUGCCACUGUCAUCUCCAUCGCCCACAUCGACUCUCUGAAGAUGGAGAGUGAGUCCAGCGCCCCAGGAGAGCAGCCCCAGUUCCUGGGAGUCAGGUAAGGAGGGGUUGGGGGGAGGGGUUAGGGGUGUGUGUGUGUGUGUGUGUGUGUGUGUGUGUGUGUGUGUGUGUGUGUGUGUGUGUGUGUGUGUGUGUGUGUGUGUGUGUGUGUGUGAGUGAGUGUGUAACAAAAGACUGUUCUGCCGAGUUGUCAGAGGAAGGAAUGAAAGGAAGGCUCCACACCACGCUCUCACUUAUGUAUAUUAUCUAGUUAUUUUCUGAUUAUCUCAUUUUGCUCUUUGUAGCUUUAGAAACUGUGUGUGUUUUUUACACCUGUUUGGUCCUCUACCUGUAGGCUUUACAGACACUCCCCACCCCUUGGCUGCAACCCUUCUAAUUUAGUGUACCCUGCGCACACAACCCAUUCCUUGUCUCUGGCAGUGUUUGGAACUGCUGAUAUGCGGUCAAGAACGCUGAGUUCAUCUCAGACUAUUACUUUUUGGCCCUGACGGAGACAUGGAUCACCCCAGAGAACACUGCUACUCCAGCUGCUCUUUCUUAAUCUGACUAUGUUUUCUCUCAUAGUCUGAGAGCAUCUGGUUGUUGCGGUGGUGGCACGGGUCUAGUCAUUUCUCCUAAGUGGAGAUUUUCUGUUUUCUCCCUCUCUCACCUGUCCAUCUCCUCAUUUGAAUUCCAUGCUGUCACUGUCACUUGUCCACUCAAGCUUAACAUUGUUGUCAUGUAUUGCCCACCAGGUGCCCUUAGAGAGUUCCUCAAUGAGCUUGGCACCUUGAUAAGAUCAUUUCUUUCCAACUCUUUCUUACCUCUCCUUGCCUCUUUUGACCUCACCCUUUCCCAGUCCCUUCCCACUCACAAGGCAGGCUGUUCACCUACUAAUCUCACUGCAACCCCCCUCCAGGUCUCUGAUCACUACUUUGUUUCCUUUUCUGUCUCCCUCUCCUCCAACCCUAGCCACUCAGCCCCUACCCAGAUGGUCAUGCGCCGUCACAAUCUUCGCUCUCUCUCUCCCACUACUCUCUUCUCUUCUAUCCUAUUAAUUCAAUAGACUUUAUUGACAUGGCAAGUAAAAUUACUUACAUUGUCAAAGUAUACAUAUAACAAAAAUGGUGGGACCAACAGCAAUAAUAAUAGUAGUAGUGGAAAUGGGAUUACCAUUAACAGCAACUACAACAACAAUAUUAACGAGAAUAACAAUACAUUAAAGCAAUAGUAGUCGACCAAUCUCAACAUGACUGAGAAGACACAUUACAUGCUAUGAAAGCCAAAACAAAACAGGAAAUAUUAUUGACAUUACAUUACACUUUUCACUGGCUGUCCAUCAGGUUGUGGCAGGAGGACACAUAUUUGGCUGCCAAAAUUGCACAUUUUGGCUUUUCACCCAAUAAAUAUUUGUUUUUUUCUUCCUCUUUUAUAGUUUCAAAUUCUUUGUACUGAAUGAUAAUUUUGGGAAAGAAAGAUUCUCUUAGGUCUGAGUAUUUGUCACAGUGUAAUAGGAAAUGCAGCUCUGUCUCUACCUCUCCCCGGGGGCAGAGUGAGCACAGCCUGUCCUCUCUGGGCAGCCAGGUUUGCCUGUGACGACCGGUCUCUAUAGCCAGACUGUGCUCACUGAGUCUGUACCUAGUCAGUGUUUUUCUCAGUUUUCUAUCAGUCACAGUGGUCAGAUAGUCUGCCACCAUGUACUGUCUGUUUAGAGCCAAAUAGCAUUGAAGUUUACUUUGAUUUUUUGUGGUGUCUUUCCAAUAGGUUAUAUAUUUUUCUUUUUGCUUUGUGAUGAUUUGGUUGGGCCAGAUUUUCUGAGUGCUGUCCUGAGGCUCUAUGAGGUUGGUUUUGGUUAGUGAACUGAGCCUCAGAACCAGCUGGCUGAGGGGACUCUUCUCUUGUUUCAUCUCUUGACAUAGUAGAGCUGUGUGAUGGAAUGUUUUGGGGUCACUUGUUUUUAGAUAGUUGUAAAAUUUGAUGGCUCUUUUUUCUAUUCGAAUAAGGAGGGGGUAUUGGCCCAAUUCUGCUCUACAUGCGUUAUUUUGAGUUUUUCUUUGCACUUGCAAUACAGUCUUGCAAAACUCUGCAUGCAGUAUUUCAAUUGGAUGUUUGUCCCAUUUGGUAAAUUCAGUAUUAGAGAGCGGACCCCAUACUUCGCUGCCAUAUAGAGCAAUUGGUUCUAUAACUGAUUGGAAAAUGUUUAGCCAGAUUCUAAUUGGAAUUUCGAUUUUAAUAUUCCUUUUAAUGGCAUAGAAUGCUCUUCUUGCUUUGUCUCUCAGCUCAUUCACAGCCAUGUGAAAGCUACCUGUGUUGCUGAUAUUUAGUCCUAGAUAUGUGUACUUUUUGGUGUGUUCUAAUAGAACUGUGUCCAAAUAUAAUUUAUAUUUGUCAUCCUGAUUUCCGGACCUUUUUUGGAAUAUCAUUAUAUUCGUUUUUUUUAGAUUAACGGUCAGGGCCCAGGUCUGACAGAAUCUGUGCAGAUGAUCUAGAUGCUGCUGUAACCCCUCCUUAGUGGGGGACAGUAGCACUAGGUCAUCUGCGUACAGCAGACACUUGAUUUCAGUGUUGUGUAGGGUGAGACCAGGUGCUGCCGAUUCUUCUAAUGUUUUUGCCAAUUCGUUAAUGUAGAUGUUAAAUAGUGUUGGACUUAUUGGGCAGCCCUGUUUCACUCCACGUCCCUGAGAGAAGAAGUCUGUUUGCUUGUUGUUUUUAGUGUACAUUGAUUUAAUAACAUCAUAUGUUUUCCCUCCAAUACCACUUUCUAUUAGUUUGUAAAAAAGACCUUUGUGCCAAAUUGAAUCAAAUGCUUUCUUGAAGUCUACAAAACACGAGUAGAUUUUGCCUUUGUUUUGAUUCACUUGUUUGUCAAUUAGAGUCUGGAGGGUGUAAAUGUGGUCUGUUGUACGAUAAUUUUUUACAAAUCCAAUCUGGCUUCUGCUUAGGACGUUGUGUUCAUCAAGGAAAUUAUGUAGUCUGCUGUUUAUGAUACUGCAGAGAAUUUUCCCCAAGUUGCUGUUAACGCAAAUUCCUCUGUAAUUAUUUGGGUCAAAUUUGUCUCCAUUUUUAUAAAUUGGUGUGAUCAAUCCUUGGUUCCAAAUAUCGGGGAAAAUACCUGCAGUUAGGAUAAUGUUGAAGAGUUUGAGUAUAGCCAAUUUGAAUUUGUGGUCUGUAUAUUUGAUCAUUUCAUUUAAAAUACCAUCAGCACCACAGGCCUUUUUGGGUUGGAGAGUGCAAAGUUUUUCCAAUAAUUCUUGUUCUGUAAUUGGGGUAUCCACAGGAUUCUGAUAGUCUUUGAUUGCUGAUUCAAGGAUUUGUAAUUUUUCUUGUAUAUCUUGUUGUUCUGGGCUCUUUGUUAUAUUGCUGUAGAGGUUUGCAAAGUGAUUUCUCCACAUAUCCCCAUUUUGGAUAGCCAAUUCCUCAUGACGAGGUUUGUUUAAUUUAUUCCAAUUCUCCCAGAAGUGGUUUGAUUCUAUGGAUUCCUCAAUCACAUCCAGCUGAUUUCUAAUGUGCUGUUCCUUUUUUGUUCUUAGGGUGUGUUUGUAUUGCUUCAGUGUUUCCCCAUAUUGAAGACAUAUAUUUUUGUUGUCUGGGUCUCUGUGUUUAUGAUUAGAUAUAUUUCUCAAUGACUUUCGUAGAUUUUUGCAAUCAUUAUCAAACCAUUUUUCAUGAUCUAUUAUUUUUGGUUUGCUCUUAUGUUUCUUAAGAUUAGCCAAGGGCUAAUUUGUCAAAUAUAAAGUUUAUGUUCCAAACGGCCAAAUGUAUACCUUCAUUGGUGUAGGAGAAUGUUAAUGCUAAAAAGUUGUCCAGGAGAGAUUGUAUUUUUUGGCUACUAAUUGCUUUUUGGUAGAUUUCUGUACUGUUUGCACUCCAUCUAUAGGUCUGUUUAGUACCAUGUAAUUUAUUGGGCUGUGAUGCUUCAUGGUUGGGUUCUGCUCUUUUCAGAUACACUGGGAUUUUACUGUGGUCAGAGAGAGGUGUUAGUGAGCUGACUGUGAAGGCUCUGAGAAACUCUGGGUUAAGGUCUGUGAUGAAGUAGUCUACAGUACUGCUGCCAAGGGAUGAGCUGUAGGUGUACCUACCAAAAGAGUCCCCUCUUAACCUACCAUUGACUAUGUACAGACCUAGUGUUCGACAGAGCUUCAGGAGCUGUACUCCAUUUUAGUUUUUCACUUUGUCAUAGUUGUUUCUAGGGGGGUAUGUGGGGAGGGAAAGGUUGUUGCUUCCCGGUAGGUGUUUGUCCCCAUGACUGUUAAUAGUGUCUAGUUCUUCUGCUAUUCUAGCAUUCAGGUCUCCACAGACCAGCACAUUGCCUUGGGCCUGAAAGUGACUAAUCUCCCCCUCUAGAAUGGAGAAACUCUCUUCAUUGAAGUAGGGUGACUCUGAGGGGGGAAUGUAUGUGGCACAGAGGAAGAUGUUGUUAUCUGUUAAGAUAGCCUCCUUGUUGAUUUUUAGCCAGAUAAAGAAUUCUCCUGUUUUGAUCAAUUCGAUUGAAUUAGUUUGUUCAGAUUUAUACCAUAUUAGCAUUCCCCCUGAGUCUCUGCCCUGUGUGAUUCCUUUUAAUUUGGUGGAUGGUACGAUUAUCUCCCUAUAACCUAGUGGACAGCCAGUGGAAACAUCACCUCUGCACCAUGUUUCCUGUAGUACUACAAUAUCAUCAAUUUCUUUAAGGAAGUCUGGGUUUCUGCUCUUUAGCCCAAAAGCAGAGGACUUCAAGCCUUGUAAAUUCCAACAUGCAACGUAAAAAGACUUCAUAACUGUUUUUUCUUUACAUUCAAAAUGAGAUAAACACUCACAAUCCAACAAGAACUAUUAAAAUAGGAUUUUUCAAUUAAGGUAAACUCUUAUUAUGCAAAUGUGAUUUGUUUAUCAUUUAAGAUAGUAUUUGUGUCAUGCCACUUGGGUGGAUGUAGUGUGAGGAUGGUGGAGUUAUUGUGCUCAUCUUACCAUGACCCUCGGCCUAUCACAUGUGAGCAUAGUAGAUUCAGCAUUUGUUUGAUGUCACUCAUUUCGUUGGUGGGAGCUGGACCAGUUGCUCCUCUCACAGCUUGUGCAUAGCUCUGUCUGCCGGGCUGUGGCUCCUCCAGGUGUGGGUCUGUGGUGGGGGGGGGGGGGGGGGGGGGGGUGUUAGGCCUCGUCUGGGUGGGUCUGAAGCUGGGCUGGGGUGGUCUGUGCUGCGCUGGAUGUGGUGGGCAUUGAGGUUGGUGGUGCUGUGGCCUUGGCUGGGGGGUCCAGGGUACUGGUCCGGGGUGUUGUCUCGGUGAUCUCGGGGGGGUGGAGAUUGCUCCGCUGUUCCUGGGUGGAGAGGUUGGGAUGCGGUUUAAAGCGACGUCCUUGAGAGUCUUAGCAAGGAUGGGGACUGUCUCCCUGUACAGGUGAACAUGGUCAUAGAGACAGUCCAGAUCGAGGGUGGGAUGGUGGGCCAGGUGUACAUUGGGUCGCAGGGCACAGUCCCGGGAGAGGCUGGCGUUUAUUCUUUGGAUUGUGGCAGGGUGGAAGUCCUUCCUCUGUAGAAGGGUUGACACCACGAUCCUUGAGUUGGGGAAGAUUGCGGAGGCCUUCUCAAUCACUCCCCGUAGUGAAGUCGCCACCCUCUCCUGCUGAGCACGCAGGUCGUUGCUUCGUAUGAUUAUGUGGCUUGGCGACCCAAGCUGGGCCUUAUCAAGCAGCGCCAUGGCACUCUGCGUUGUUGGGCACCACACCUUUCUCGUUUUGUGUCUAGGGAAAAGUUUAUUCUCCUGAACAAACUUCCCAUUUGAGUCCAUCAACAGGACAAUCUCAGCCAGUGGGGGUAGAGUUGGGGUCUCCCUUCUGGUAAAUCCUUCUCCCUCCUGUCUCCUGACUCUGCCUCUUCGACCCUACGCUCCUCCCUUUCCGCAUCCUAUGACUUGCACUGUCCUAUUUCCUCCCGGCCGGCUUGGCCCUCCCCUCAUGCUCGUUGGCUGAGUAACUCAUUUCGAGCUUACAGAAGAGGGCUGCGGGCAGCUUAGCGAAAAUGGAAGAAAACAAAACUUCCGGAGGACCUGUCAUCCUUUCACAAUGCCAAGCGUCAGCUGGAGUGGUGUAAAGCUCGCCACCAUUGGACUCUGGAGCAGUGGAAUGCGUUCUCUGGAGUGAUGAAUAACGCUUCACCAUCUGGCAGUCCGACUGACAAAUCUGGGUUUGGCAGAUGCCAGUAGAACGCUACCUGCCCCAAUGCAUAGUACCACAUAGUUUCCACUGCUCCAGAGUCCAGUGGCGGCGAGCUUUACACCACUCCAGCCAACGCUUGGCAUUGCGCAUGGUGAUCUUUGGCUUGUGUGCGGCUACUCGGCCAUGGAAACCCAUUUCAUGAAGCUCCCGAUGAACAGUACUUGUGCUGACGUUGCUUCCAGAGGCAGUUUGGAACUCGGUAGUGAGUGUUGCAACCGAGGACAGAUUACUUUUACACGCUACACGCUUCAGCACUCGGUGGUCCCGUUCUGUGAGCUUAUGUGUCCUACCACUUCGUGGCUGAGCCGUUGUUGCUCCUAGACAUUUCCACUUCAAAAUAACAGCACUUACAGUAGCAGGGCAUACAUUUGACGAACUGACUUGCUUGAAAGGUGGCAUCCUAUGACGGUGCCACGUUGAAAGUCACUGAGCUCUUCUAUGACGAUGCCACAUCACUGAGCUCUUCAGUCAGGCCAUUCUACUGCCAAUGUUUGUCUAUGGAGAUUGCAUGGCUGUGUGCUCGAUUUUAUAUACCUGUCAGCAACAGUUGUGGCUGAAAUAGCCAAAUCCACUAAUUUGAAGGGCUGUCCACAUACUUUGGUAUAUAUAGUGUAUCUUAAGAUGAAUGCACUAACUGUAAGUCGCUCUGGAUAAGAGCGUCUGCUAAAUGACUAAAAUGUAAAAUCUAAAUGUGUGUGUGUCUGUGUGUGAGAUUGUGAGAUUGUGUUAUAAAGAAAACAGAGGUUGACAGUGAUGUCAUUUCUAACUGUGUGUGUUGUGUGUGUGUGUGUGUGGUACAGGGAACAGAGGUUGACGGGUAUUCUGGUGUUUGUCCUAAAUGGGGUCUCCAUCUUCCUGGCUCCUGUCCUUCAGGUGAGUCAGUGAGAGAAUGGGCCUCCUCGUCACAUGCAGUGGGUGGUGUUGUGGAAGAUUGUGUUAACCAGUAUAUUGUGUUCCCCCAGUACAUCCCCAUGCCUGUUCUCUACGGUGUCUUCCUUUACAUGGGAGUGGCCUCACUCGCUGGAAUACAGGUACAUUUCACGUGUGUGUGUACACAUCUACAGUGUGUGUGUGUGUGUGUUUACUCACCCUCCUCCUCUUUCCCUCCUAGUUCUGGGAACGUAUAAAGCUGUACCUGAUGCCAGCCAAGCACCAGCCAGACUUCUCCUUCCUGCGUCAUGUUCCUCUGAGGAGGGUUCACCUGUUCACCCUGGUCCAGAUCAUCUGUCUGACUGUCCUCUGGAUCCUCAAGUCUACUGUCGCCGCCAUCAUCUUCCCUGUCAUGGUGAGAGCUGUGUGUGUUUGUGUGUGUUUGUGUGUGUGUGUGUGUGUGUGUGUGUGUGUGUGUGUGUGUGUGUGUGUGUGUGUGUGUGUGUGUGUGUGUGUGUGUGUGUGUGUGUGUGUGUGUGUGUGUGUGUGUGUGUGUGUGUGUGUGUGUGUGUGUGUGUGUGUGUGUGUGUUGCAUCGAUUGAUGGGGAUAACCUCUGUGUGUAGAUCCUGGGUCUGAUGGUGGUGCGUAAGAUGAUGGACCUGAUGUUCUCUCAACACGACCUGGCCUGGCUGGACGACAUCCUGCCGGAGAAAGACAAGAAGAAGGAGAAAGGGGGGAAGAAAAAGAAAGACAACAAAAAGACCAAAGCAGCAGAGCCAGAGAGCGACGAGGAGGUAAGAGACGAGGAUUAGCAGAAACACACACACAGUGCCAGGCUGACAGUGGCAGAAGGAUGUAAUGUGAGUGUGUUGUGGUGUGCAGGACUGGCUCCAUCUGUUGUGUUGAGUGUGUUAUCUCUGACUAAUAUGUUUCUCCUUUCUCCUUUCUCUGUCCCACAGUGUUGCUGAAAAGGCACUGUAAAACACUUACUACUGUCUGUCUAUCUGUCUCAAAGUCUGUCUGUCUCGCUGUCUGUCUGUCUGCCUGUCUCGAUGUAUGUCUGUCUCGAUGUCUGUCUGUCUCGUUGUCUGUCUGUCUGUCUUGAUGUCUUUCUCCUUCCAACUUUCACCUGCAUGAUUCAAACCUCUCUGUGUUUAAUUGCACCAUUUACUGUUUACGCUGUAUCCUGUGCAUAUGAUGAAUAAACUUUAAUUUGAUUUUAUGAUUGGGACGUUUUGCUUAGAUUUAAGCAUGCAGAGUGUGUGAGAGUGUGCGUUCAUGUCCACUUAUAUUUGGGGCAUCAUCCCUCACACCUCUGUUGAGCCACUCCCCUGACGGUUCCUCCUGCAUGCUGAUUGGUUCCCCCCGGUUCCCCCCUCUGUCACUCAGCCCAAGACUCCCCUCCCUCCUCCAGUGAAGAUACCCAUGGACACCAUAGACCUGCCUACAGACCCUGACCCCUUUGUAACCCCACCCACCCAGCCCCCCAUCUCUGACUGUGAGUAAACCUCUCUUUUGAGAUUGACCAAAGGAGUGAGGACUGUUGUGUGUAUUACUGUGAUAUCAUUGUUGUGCGACAGAUGGAGAAGCUAGAUGUAUGUUAUGAUGUUGUGAGACACUGAAGGUUUGAUUCUUUUUUUGUCUUCCUUCUCUCCUCCCUCACCGAUUCUUCACUCUGCCAUUCAACCCCUCCUAUCUGUGUGUGUGUGUGUGUCUGUGCAUAUGUGUGUGUGUGUACAGGAGAAGAACGUUUACUCUAGUGUGAAUCCUGAUGACAGUGAGCUGGACCGCAGGUACUGUGUGCUCAAACUGCACGUCCCCUACAGUGACCUGAUACAACCCCCCGUCACACACACCGACUGGGGAGUACACUGCCAGCAGGACCACAACUACGACUACUGACACACACACGCACACACACACACACAUACUUACUAUGCCUUCUGUACAAUUACUGACACAUGCUAUGAACUAUUUAGCAAAGUUCCAUUUACUAUUAGCAUUCUUUAGCACUGUUGUCACCUAAAACACUUUAUACACAUUGAAUUUCAUAUAAAUAUAUACAAAUAUUCUAUAAAUUGUAGAUAUGAUGUGAUAUUUAACAUGUAACCAUAUGUCUAUUAGAUUGUUGGAUAGUAGUUAGUCGGCCUGCCGUUGUAUUAUAAGUGUGUUAUGCAACUCUUAAACAUUGUACAAAUCACUGUAGUGGCUGGUAGACAUAUCCAGACACAUGGAUCUGAAGCUGUUGGAGCAUAGAUCGCAGUGUGUGAACUGAGUCUUCUUUUCGCUCAACAUAUUCUCUGAGCUCCAGCACCUGCUCAAAGUCACUGGAUGUUGUGUGUGUAAUGUUUUUCUCUGUAGAUGUGUUUGUGAGGGCGGACUGACAGUGGUUCAAAUACCACAGCCCAUGCACCUGAAAGCAAUGCAGAAGUAGUUUUUGUGUGUUUGUUUGUUUUGAUGAUGUCUUCCAUGUGUUAUUUAUUUACUGUGUGUUGUGUGGUUUGUGGCAGCAACCUCUGUUGUACUAAUGUAAAGACUACUCUGAAGGCACAGUUUGCGAAGGAAGAGUUGUAAUGUUAUAGUAAUACAAUAUUAUUAUUAUUUUUUUAAAUUUAUUUUACCCCCUUUUUCUCCCCAAUUUCGUGAUAUCCAAUUGCGAUCCAAUUACGAUCUUGUCUCAUCGCUGCAACUCCCCAACGGGCUCGGGAGAGGGGAAGGUCGAGUCAUGCGUCCUCCGAAACAUGACCCGCCAAACCGCGCUUCUUAACACCCGCCCACUUAACCCGGAAGCCAGCUGCACCAAUGUGUCGGAGGAAGCACCGUUCAACUGACGACCGAAGUCAGCCUGCAGGCGCCCGGCCCGCCACAAGGAGUCGCUAGAGCGCAAUGAGCCAAGUAAAGCCUCCCGGGCCAAACCCUCCCCUAACCCGGACAACGCUGGGCCAAUUGUGCGCCGCCCUAUGGGACUCAGCCUGGGCACAGCCUGGGAUCGAACCCGGGUCUGUAGUGACGCCUCAAGCACUGCGAUGCAGUGCCUUAGACUGCUGCGCCACUCGGGAGGCAGUAAUACAAUAAUAUAAUACAAUGUUAUUCUGACAUCUGAGGGACGGUGGUUGUCAUGGGUUCAUUGGAGACACUAUUCAGACCUGAUAAUUUACUAUUUUAAUAUUUUGGAAUUAUAAGACUUCUCUGAUCUACAAUGGGUCAGUCAUCCUCUCCCUUGUCAGUCCCAGCUGGUUUUGUCAGCCACUGCUCUCUCAACACAAGUGAAUGCUGGACCCAUGUGUUUGUCUGGGACAGUCAACCCCUGAGAAAUACGGAAAUAGGUAUUUGGUUACCGGUACAUGUAGGUCAUGAACCUGCUGUAGUACAGUAGGUCUAGUCUGUUAACAAAUCAUGGGACUUUUCAUUGUUUCUUUUGUUAAAUACAGAACAAAAUUUCCUACCCCCACAGAGAGUUCUUCGUCCUCCAGAUAACAUUGUGAUGUAUCUUCUAAUACUCUCUGUUUUGAGCUUAUGUCUGUCUGGGAGACCUGUCUCACGCAGUUUCACCUCACCCCACAACCCAAUCCGUUUACUUUUUGUCACCGUUCAAACUCACAUCCUCCUACAAACAUUUCUAACUACCCCAUUGCCUUUUUCUUCUCCCGUUCUCUGUAUGUGUCUGUAUGUACGCACGUGUUCUCUCUGUGUGUGUCUGUAUGUACGCACGUGUUCUCUCUGUGUGUGUCUGUAUGCACGCACAUGUUCUCUCUGUGUGUGUCUGUAUGCACGCACGUGUUCUCUCUGUGUGUCUGUAUGUACGCACAUGUUCUCUCUGUGUGUGUCUGUAUGCACGCACGUGUUCUCUCUGUGUGUCUGUAUGCACGCACAUGUUCUCUCUGUGUGUCUGUAUGUACGCACAUGUUCUCUCUGUGUGUGUCUGUAUGCACGCACGUGUUCGUGCAUAUGUGUGUGUUUUCCAGUUUGUAGUAAUGUGUGCUCUUGCUCUUGUCAGUCAACACAUUCUUGUCUGCAUUGCUGUUCAGGGAGUAUGGUUGAGAAGUGUGAAACUAUGUCUGUGCUAGUGAGAGUGCAUGUGUGUGUAUGUAACCUGGGCUGUUGCACCUGACUGUUCCUCCCUCCCUCAGAAUCACUCUGCACCUGAAGAUCUGCCCCCCCUCACCUGCCCACUCCCAGGUGAGCCUUAUCCCCGGAUCAUCAUCACGCCCUCCAGUUUCCCCGUUUGCCAUCCAGGUGGAGUCUGAAUACAAGGAGACUGACCUCUACCCACGGGGUCACGACCUUUACCCCAGCAUUAACCCCUGCCCUCUGAAUGGCCGCUACCUUACCUCUAAGACUCAACGAGACCAGUACCAAUACAAACACCCACACUCUCAUCCCUAUGAUGUAGGCAGUGAAACCUUGCUGUAG